UUAUCCGAGGAAUGGGUAUUCAGUUGACCUGGUUGAGUUUCAUCCAACCUGGACAUCAGGAACUUUAACAUAUGCCUUCUGUAUUAUCUAAGAGACAUCCUUUAGUGAAGCCACUAAAGAAAUAAAAUUAUUAAAUUCCUUGCAACUCGUGUCCUUCAAUGUAAUUUGAAAACCAAUUGAGAGAUAAUAUAGCAAAAACUCAACUUCUGGAAAACCAACAUAUUCAACUUGCAAUCUUCACACUAUAAGAUAUGAACUCACAUUUGUAGUUAAUGAAUUCUUGACAGACAGCCUAAAAGAAACCAAGCGAACAACACCUUUAAUAUUUACCCCAUCUAUAGCUAAGGAAAGUGCCAAGGAAAUUAAAACACACGGUGCAAACCAAAGACUUGAUUAGUUGAUGAAUUCUACUGGUGCUACAAUAAACCUCAGAAAUCAACUACAUAAUGUGAGAACCCUGCUGUUAGGUUGCAUGUUUCUCUACCUUCAUGGGAAUUCAACAAGAACAGGUUCUCAUGCAAAAUACCUUCUCCAGUCAGCUUUGAUCCGCUUAUCUAGUAUCUACAAUUGGCAAGUCAACAAUAACAUAGAGUCAGAAUGUAGAAUCAUUCAGAUUAAAUAAAUUUUGAAUCAUGAAAAACCACUCUUUUUGGCCAUCAUCCUUGACUUCAAUUGUUAAAGAUACUCGGUUUUGGUUAAAAGGCCAGUUAGAAAUAGUUAAUAAAGGAGCAUUAAUUGG